UAAUUAAACCCAUUUCUAGCUGCUUCUACCACAUCGAAACAAUGGCUAAUUGGGUUCUCUCUUUUUGCUUAAUUGCUCUCAUUUUCUCUCUCUCCGAUGGUGCUCCUGCAGCUACUUCAGCUAGUACUAAAUAUCUUGACGGAUUACUUCCAAAUGGCGACUUUGAACAAGGGCCGAAGAAAUCAAACCUUAACAAAACGGUGAUCAUAGGCAAAUACUCGCUGCCCAAAUGGGAAAUAGAAGGCUUAGUGGAGUACAUCUCGGGGGGACCUCAGCCGGGUGGGUUUUACUUCGCGGUGCCUCGUGGUGUUCAUGCGGUAAGGCUAGGCAACGAAGCUUCAAUUUCUCAGAGUGUGAAUGUGAAGGCCGGAGUUAUUUAUACACUCACAUUUAGAAAGAGAACAAGAGAUGAAGAAAAGCUGAAAACGUGA